AUGNUGGCGGCGGUGGGGCGUCCCGCGUUGUUUGUGGUGGCCGUCGUGCUGUGCUGCGUGUGUGGCUGUGCAGCGGCCACUGCUGAGGGUGAUAAUGGCGAUGAGCAGAGGAAGAAAGUAUUGAUUGAGCUGGAGAAGGCGAAUGGGGAAGCGCUGAAGGCUAAGAAAGUGGUGGAGGACGCCAAGAAUAAGGUGAACGAAAUCAAGCAGGCAACGGUUGACUUCAAGACUGAGGCAGACAAGGCAUCAAACAAAGCAACUGAGCUUCAUGACAAAGUAAAGAACAAGAAGGAUACUCAGCUGGAUGCUAUUGAUGGUGUAACCACCUUGGCGAAGGACGUUCUGAGCGCGACGAACACAUCUCACGAAUCACUUGCUUCACUCUGUACGAAGGUUACGGAAGCAGUGGACUCAAUGACUACUGCAGGAACGUUGUUCACGGAACCCGGGGGCUUGGCUGGCAGCGCAGCGAGCGAAGCGGGUGAAGCUAUCACCAACAAGGCGAAGCUCGCAGAGGAGGCAUUCAAAAAACUAUCAGCAGAUCUGAAGGAACUCUCAAAUGCCCAGAAAUGUUCUGAAGUAGCAAAAAAGGAUACACCGAAGGAGGUGAACGCUUUUAAUGCCAUGAACAGCGCCAAGGAGGCGUUUGUUUUUUUCGAAGAGAAGACCCCCAACGCACCGUUAACUGUAACCGAGGAUCUACAGAAUGCCGCUAAAAAAACCGCUAAACAUGCAACGGAUGCAGCGGGAGACGCGGAAAAGGCUUCGAGUGCUGCCAUCAAGGCAUCCGGACAAGCUGAAAACGCCUUCAACAGCGUUGAGUCAUGGCUGGGGCAGGUCGAAGCUUCACUGAAGCCUCUUCAAGAGCAAGAGAAGGGACCUGAGAGUUCACCUCCGGAACCGUCACAGGACGAGUCACACAGCCAGAGUCUCCAACAGGAACCACUGGGCAGUUCUUCCACUGGUGAGAAGCCUUCUGAUCAACAAGAAGCGGGCACCGCGGCGACCGACAAAGAGCAGUCACCACCAGUACCAUCGGAAGAGAAGACAGCCGUAGAAUCCCUGGAGAACGCUGCUUCCCAAGCUGCUGAUGCGCCACUGUCACCUCCCAACAGCGAUGCACACAACACCUUGAGUGAUGCCCCGAGUAGGGACAGCAGCGUCAGUCCUUCGUGGGUGCGUACACCGUUGCUGGUGGUGGUUGGUGUGCUGGGCCUCCUGGCUGUGUGCUGA